UAUAAGUGUCGAGCUCGUUAAUUGCAACGUUCACCAAACCACAACCCGACGUACGCACCUCAACACCACACACCACACACCACACACCCUCCAACCCUCCAACCCACCAACCCCACCAAACAAACAAACACCCCCACAACAACCAAUAACCAACAUCAAGAUGCCCUCCCUCUACACCAUCACCGAGCCGCACCCAACGGUGCCCCAGAACAGCUACACGCACUCCGGGCGCGGGGGGCUAGGCAACUUCUUCCGGGCGCCGGCAACGACCUCCCCCAGCGGCGUGCCCACACCCUCCACCACCACCACCGCCACAACCUCCACAACCAGCAGCACGCGGCGCUUCUACUCGGGCCGCGGCGGAGCCGGCAACGCCCGCGCGGCGCCCGCGCUCGCGUUCGACGAGGACGAGCUCGCGCGCCGCGAGUCCGCGACGGCCACGGCCAUGGUGGGGCACGUCGGGCGCGGCGGGGCCGGGAACGUCUUCUAUUCUUCUUCUUCGGCGGCGGCUGUGGCCAAGGAUGCUGGGGUGGAUGAUGCUGGUGAGGCGCUCGGCCGUCGUGACUCUGCGAGCACCGAGGGCAGUGCGCGCUCGUCGGCUUCGUCGUCGCUGGCGGGGCUUUGGGGGCGCGUGAAGAGCGCCGGGCGGUGAGCUUGUUUGUGAGAUUGCUUGGUUGUUGGGUCGCUCUCUUCUUUCGGUCUUCUUUCUUUUGUUGUUUCUUGCGAGCAAGGCGUUUUGGUAGGGCGGAAAGGGUAUUUAUUGGUAACGGAUGGUGAUUCUCGAGGCGAGGGCAACAAGGGUUAUGACAUGGAAUGGGGAAAAAAAAAGGGUGGUUGCUUAGGAUGCUGAAGGAUGGAAUGCGCCUCUCUCAUUCAUCAUCGAGGGCGGGAUAGGAGUUUGUUUUUGAUGGCCUAGUGUUCUUGUACGAAUCAAUAUACCCCCCCCACUGCGACGAUGGUUAUGGCAUAAUUCGUUCGUUUUGAUCUCGAGUUCGCAGAACGCGAAGA